CCGAGCCGAGGGGCGGGAAGAGGAGGCCGCCCGUCUUCUGGAGGCGUUGGGGGGCGGCCCGCCACCGCGGCUGACCCAGGGCGGAGGACAGGCGAGAGCCAAGCGGGCCGGGCGCUGCUGCCUCAGCCGGGGACCGAGUGGCUCCAGAGCGCGGGCGGGUCUCGUCCUCUCCUCGCUUGUCAGGACAGCCGCUGCCGCCGCCUCAGCGCGGGGCCGGGAGCCGCCAUGACGGGCAGUAACAUGUCAGAUGCCCUUGCAAAUGCUGUGUGUGAGCGCUGCCGAGCUCGCUUUGAUCCAACUGAGCGAAUCGUGAACAGCAAUGGGGAACUAUAUCAUGAAAACUGCUUUGUCUGUGCUCAGUGCUUCCGCCAGUUUCCAGAUGGACUCUUCUAUGAUUUUGAAGGGAGGAAGUAUUGUGAGCAUGACUUCCAGAUGCUGUUUGCGCCAUGCUGUGGGGAAUGUGGUGAAUUCAUCAUUGGCCGUGUUAUCAAAGCAAUGAACAAUAACUGGCACCCAGAAUGCUUUCGUUGUGAGCUCUGUGAUGUGGUUCUUGCUGAUUUGGGCUUUGUGAAGAAUGCUGGCAGGCACCUCUGUAGGCCUUGCCAUAAUCGCGAGAAAGCCAAGGGCUUGGGCAAGUAUAUUUGCCAGAAGUGCCACUUGAUAAUCGAUGAACAGCCUCUGAUGUUCAGGAAUGAUUCGUACCAUCCAGAUCACUUCAGCUGCACCCACUGCGGAAAGGAGCUGACAGCUGAUGCCAGGGAGCUGAAGGGGGAGCUCUACUGCCUGCCUUGCCAUGACAAGAUGGGCAUCCCAAUCUGUGGGGCCUGUCGCAGGCCCAUUGAGGGUCGAGUGGUCAAUGCUCUGGGGAAACAAUGGCAUGUGGAGCAUUUUGUUUGUGCCAAAUGUGAGAAGCCAUUCCUGGGACACCGGCACUAUGAGAAGAAAGGUCUGGCUUACUGCGAGACUCAUUACAACCAGCUCUUUGGAGAUGUCUGCUAUAACUGCAGCCAUGUGAUUGAGGGGGAUGUGGUCUCUGCUCUCAACAAGGCUUGGUGUGUGAACUGCUUCGCUUGUUCCACCUGCAACAUCAAACUCACAUUGAAGAAUAAGUUUGUGGAAUUUGACAUGAAGCCAGUGUGCAAGAAGUGCUAUGAGAAAUUCCCUUUGGAGCUGAAGAAGAGGCUGAAGAAGCUGUCUGAGUUGGCCUCCAAGAAAACGCACCCAAAAGCUCUGGACUUAAACUCCGCUUAAACAGGUCUGUACCCUCUGCUGACUGUAUGCACCCACACCAGCUACAAUCUGCCUCAGCUACUGAUCACAAAAGGAACUUUUAAAAAUGGUGUCAAGGACUCAAGACAAACAAAAGCUCACCAGUUAUAUCUUGCACUCUGAAUGUUUAUUCUGCUCAGGUAUAGUGUGUGCAGAGGCUGUCCUCCAGAAGAGAAUGGUGGCAAUAUGCAAUAAUGCACUAUGAUUUUUCCUUUUGUAUAAGUUGUGUAUCAUGUUCUCUCACUAUUUGCCCAUUUUGUUUUGAGAUUCAGGCUCAUGUUACACACUUACUUGAAUUCUUCUGUCUUCUUCCCCCUUCUCUCUCUCUCUCUCUCUCUCUCUCUCCCUCCUUUUAUACCAAAAUUAGCCUGGCCACACUACAAGUGGGAACACAGGAAGGUUGGGUAGAAAAAGACUACUUAACCAUUUUCUUCCAAAAACAGCACAAAAACACAUUUUUUUCCAUUUAACAUGCCUCUUGAACAUUCUCUUAAAAUUGCAAUGGACUAAUCAAAACCAAGUAAUAAUUUUCCUUGCAAUUGUUAGUUAACUCAUUUUAAUAGUUUGACAUUAUUUAGUAUAAGCCUGCAUUGUUUUUAUUAGUUGGCUGACCUUUCCUGCUGUUGUAGCUAAGCUGCAUAGGCCAGGAUUCCAUAAUAUAGAAUCUGGAUGGACCAAAGUGGCUGAACUGCAAGCCUAUCAUUUUUGAAAGAGACUGUUCUUGGUGCCUGCAUUUUUGAGAUUUCUGAGCGUUUAGACUAGGCUUCCUCAGCCUCAGCCCUCCAGAUAUUUUUGGUCUACAACUCCCAUGAUCCCUAACUAGUAGGACCAGUGGUCAGGAAUAAUGGGAAUUGUAGUCUCAAAACAUCUGGAGGGCCGAGGUUGAGGAAGCCUGGUUUAGACCUCUCCUCCUCCAUAUUAGUGAGCGCUCUUUUUUGUCUGUUGUGACAAAGUAUAAGUAAAUUCCUGGAGUCUUAACCCAAACGUAGUCUUCCUACAAUGUACAUUCAUUUCAGUGUUAGUUGUAAAGCAAUCCUCUUGAUGGUCUCUCUCUGAAGCUAGAACUAUUUAUUACCUCAGCAAAAUACGUAUUCCAGCACACAUCUGAAAACAGCUGUGUGUGCUUAAUCCUUUCCCCCCAGCCACUUUUCUGUCAUUUCCAGUCUUGGAGCUCAGGGUAUGUGCCAGAGAGGAGGGAUGGGAUGGUGCAGGGAGGGAGAGGUUGCUGGGUAUGGGGAAAGUGGCAGACAGUGGAAGUACGAAGCAGUCCCCACCUGCCAGUUCUUCACUGUGUGCUCCUUCCCAGCCUAUCAUUAGCAGUACCAGUCCAUGUGGGUUUGGGAGCCCUGUGUUUCUCCAUAAUUUUGUCAUUUCAACCUAAGUUCUCCUCAAAUUACACCACAGUAUUUGCUUUCCUGUAAUAGGAAGAUAAACGUUAGCACAGAACAAGACUGUUUAAUAUAGAAAAGCAUAAAUCUUUCUUGACUUACAUUGUUAUAGCAGUAAAUAAGUAUCAUGUAUUGCUUCUGCUGAUGGGAGAGGACUGGUUUUUAUAUCCUCUUCACCCAAACUAGUCCUUAAAUACCAUUAUUUAUCUGCUACUUACUUACUAGCACUUAGUUUGUAUUGUCACAACUAAUAGCACAAGUGCAGUCUGCCAUAUCCAUCACUGCCUUAGUAAGAAUGGGAACCACAAUGCUCUCACACAACUUCUCCACUCACAAGGCAUAUCACUUUCAUUUCAGUGUUGUGGGCAAACCACAGAGACUCCAAGUUCUGUGUUUAACUCCAUUUAAAUAUGACAGCACAUAUACAUGUGUACCAUUUUAAAUGGAGCACAUAGAGGGCUCUGGAUGAGACUGACAACCAAUUCAGUGAGAGUCCAAAUUCAGGAGUACUUAUCCUAGAGACCUAAGAAAAUUAUGUCCUACAUUGUGAAACUUGUUCCUCUAUAUUUGUGCCUGGAGGAUAGUCUCAAAUCAAGAGAUGGGCAAUGCAAUGUGCAUCCAGCAGUGAGUGUUGUCUGCUGGAAUGUGUAUUUGGGUGUGUACUGGAAUGCGUAAGUCCAAUAUGAUUUCUUGUGUGACUGUAGCUCGAUUGAAUCUUCAGAGGGAGGGCACUACAGUCUCAUUUGCUCUCACUGUUGUCACCAGAGUCUAAUCAGACUGAUUCCAUGAAGACAUAUUGUUCACAAUGUGGUUUCUCAUUGCCACUCACUUGGUGAAUGGAGGAAGAAGCUGCCUUGUUUAAAAAUGGCACAGAAGCAGCUCAUCAGGGGAACCAGGGCUGUGAGCAAGCAUGAAAAAUGGCAUGUAAAGGCCAAGCAUUUAUGCAGAGAUGCUGUUGUGCAUCGGUGUUAGCAAAUGUGUAUAUUUCUUAUUAAAAUAAGUAAUGGGGAUGGAAAGUAAGGGUGGAGUUGCUUUUUUGCAACUGUUGAAAGCGCAUUUUGCAUCUUAACUAUAAACAAGUAUUACAGUUUGUUACAGCUUUAUUGACCAGUCUAUGACAAGUGACUUUUGCUCCAUCAAGGCAAUCUGAAAGUGCCAAAAUUAUAGGUAAAUAGCAAUUUAAUUCAUAUUACGUAUAUUAUCCUUCCAGUAAUUGCACUGAAUGUAGAUUUAACUGCUUAUAAUAUAUUGUUAUAAUGAUAUAGUUUUUGUAUUAACAUAUUUUAUAUCACUUGCUACUAAAAUGAUUCAUUUUGUAUAAGAUCCCAUUCAUACAAUAAUGCAUGGCAUCACACUUUUAUAAGACCUACAUAGUUUCCUGCCAGUAUUUUGCUCCAGGAUCUUGUAAUUUCACUAGCAAAAGGGUACAUCCUGAUGAUUAAAAUACUGUAUUCCUCCAUUUUACCAUACAGUAUACUCUUGAAAUGACAACUCACUGCUAUAUAUCUUUUAACUCUUCACAGUAAAGACUAUUUUAAAACUGCA